AUGGCGGCAAACAAAUCCCAAAUCUAUAAAUUCACAACAAAUGAAAAUAUAGUUUCAGAAAUCUAAACACAGUGAUAACAACAAUAACAUGGCCGAUGAAGCAGAGAUAUAUGAUGGAGUUAGGGCACAAUUCCCAUUAUCAUUCGGUAAACAAGCUAAAUCCCAAACAAAUCUCGAACUAGUCCACAACGCUACUCGCCGGACCACCACCACCACCACCGCCACUGACGGUAAACUCGAGGCAUCACCUUUUCCUUCUCUAUCUUCCUCUUCCAAAUCAUGGCUUAAUUCACUCAAAAACCCUAAACCUAAUCAUGAACAUAAAUCUAGUUCAAAAAUUAUCGGGCCGACCCGUCCAGCUGGCUUCAGCCCGAGAAAUGACAACGAAGAAGAGGACCAGGACGACAAGGGCGGAUCUAGCUCUUCAGGAAACCAUAAACUUCAAAUUCCGCCUCUGGAUGAGGAGGAUGGUGCUAUGAUUGGGCCACCUCGGCCGGCCGUUGAAGCAAAGACGGAGGAGGAUGAGGAUGGUGAAAUGAUUGGGCCUCCACGACCGCCGUUAGAAGAAGAGGAUGGGCUGAUGAUUGGGCCACCACCGCCACCAUCAGGUUCAAUGGGGUCAGAUUCGGAGGAUGAUAUGGAAGAAGAAGAAGAAGAAGAUGAACAAAAUAAGUAUCGGAUACCUUUGAGUAAUGAAAUUGUACUGAAAGGACAUACAAAGGUUGUUUCUGCUCUUGCUGUGGAUCAUUCAGGAUCAAGGGUUCUCUCUGGUAGCUAUGACUAUACUGUUCGGAUGUAUGACUUUCAAGGAAUGAAUGCUCGGUUACAGUCGUUUAGACAGCUGGAACCAUCUGAAGGGCAUCAAGUUCGUAGUUUGAGUUGGAGCCCGACAGCAGACCGUUUCUUAUGCGUUACUGGGUCAGCCCAAGCAAAGAUCUAUGAUCGCGAUGGACUAACACUUGGGGAAUUUGUUAGAGGAGACAUGUAUAUACGUGAUCUUAAGAAUACGAAAGGUCAUAUAUCUGGAUUGACAUGUGGAGAAUGGCAUCCCAAAACAAAGGAGACAAUUUUAACAUCCUCAGAGGAUGGUUCAUUGCGCCUGUGGGAUGUUAAUGAUUUUAAGAGUCAAAAGCAGGUUAUUAAACCAAAACUUGCUCGGCCUGGGAGAGUUCCUGUAACGACAUGUGCUUGGGACCGGGAAGGAAAAAGCAUUGCAGGUGGUGUAGGAGAUGGUUCUAUACAGAUAUGGAAUCUUAAGCCUGGAUGGGGAAGCAGACCAGAUAUAUAUGUAGCAAAUGCCCACUCAGAUGAUAUUACAGGAGUCAAAUUUUCAAGUGAUGGCCGGAUACUAUUGUCAAGAAGUUUUGAUGGUUCCUUAAAGGUUUGGGACUUGCGCCAGAUGAAAGAACCCUUGAAAGUGUUCGAUGAUCUCCCAAAUAAUUAUGCUCAAACUAACAUAGCAUUUAGUCCUGAUGAGCAACUGUUCAUAACCGGGACAUCUGUUGAAAAAGAUGGGACUACUGGAGGAAUGCUAUGCUUCUUUGAUCGAGGAAAGCUAGAGCUAGUGUCGAGAGUUGGAAUAUCUCCUACUUACAGUGUUGUGCAGUGUGGCUGGCACCCUAGGCUGAAUCAGAUCUUUGCGACAGUUGGGGAUAAACGUGAAGGUGGAACACACAUUUUAUAUGAUCCAACACUGAGUGAAAGAGGAGCGCUAGUUUGUGUUGCUCGUGCACCCAGGAAAAAGUCGGUGGAUGAUUUCCAGGCAGAGCCAGUUAUUCAUAAUCCACAUGCAUUACCCUUAUUUAGAGAUCAACCUAGCCGCAAGCGUCAGCGAGAGAAAGUAUUGAAGGAUCCACUGAAGUCUCAUAAACCUGAGCAGCCAAUAUCAGGACCUGGUUUUGGUGGUAAAAUUGGUUCAACCAAGGGAAGCUUGUUGACACAAUACCUUCUUAAGCAAGGUGGCUUGAUAAAGGAGACCUGGAUGGAGGAAGAUCCUAGAGAAGCAAUCUUGAAGCAUGCUGAUGCUGCUGCAAAAGAUCCAAAAUUUAUUGCCCCAGCAUAUGCUGAUACACAGCCUGAGACACUCUUUGCGGAGCCGGAUGCUGAAGAAGAAGAUAAGUAAUCUUCAUGCUUCCAAAUGGUUCUCUGAAUUUGCUGUUGCAAUUUGUGUAAUAGUAAUUUUUCUUGCUGUAAAAUGUAUGGAGAGUAAUUCUCGUCUGUAAUUUGUCGUUUACCUGCUCUCAUUCCAUAAAAUGAUAAUGAAUCAGACUACAAUCAAACGUCUCUAUAAUGGCAGCGUUUGUCCGAGAAUUUCAUGGCUGCUA